AUGCUCUCUUUGCCAGGGUACAGCUUCUACGAUCACUACUACGCUACUCAUGGUGUCCACAUGCCUUCAUAUACCCGACCAUCCAGACUGGCAAUAGCAGAGUACCUGGCCGCAUAUCCGGCCGCUGUUGGUAUCGGCAACUCCAUACAAAACGGACGGCUGGUUUCUGGUGUCUCUCGAACAGAUGAUGGCUUCUACAUUUCCUCACACCGCAUUCAUUGCAAACACCUUGUCCUCGCAUCUGGCAUAUUCACCGAAGUCAAACCUGCAAGACCUCUCCUCCAGCCACUACUCUCUCUUCCAGCUCAUCCAGAUGUAUCCACGACAGAAAAGGCACCUCUUCUUGUCAUCGGUUCUGGCUUUUCAGCGGCUGACAUCAUUAUCUCUGCUCCCCGAGACCAGAAGAUCAUUCACAUCUUCAAAUGGGAGCCGGAAACAAACCCUUCUCCGCUUAGAAGCUGCCACCAGCAAGCGUAUCCUGAAUACGCCGGAAUAUACAAGCUCAUGAAACGCAGCACGCUGGCCAAAUUCACUAGCUCCAAACCAAACAAACGAAACCAAACUUCUCUCUCUCCCUUUCUCACCACUCGCGACUGGGAUGAUAUCUAUGAAGCCCUGCCCAACACGCUCGUUGUGGAUGUGGAGAUCGAUGGCACCGAAGGUAUUGUCACUUUUCGAUGUAGUGACGGCUCCACAAUCACUCGCCGUGUGUCCGGCUUAUCCUACGCCGUGGGCCGAAAGGGCUCACUAGCCUAUCUUGACCACAUGCUUCAGCGUGAAAUACUCGGCGCCGGCUUUGACCAAUCCCAAGAUGCAUCCAUUGCCAAAGAUACUCUCAAAUCUGCCGCCGUGAACGAUCUCGAGGUAGCCAAUGACGUGUUUAUUAUUGGCAGUCUCACAAGUGACUCCCUUAUUCGUUAUGCUUACGGUGGCUGUAUAUACGCAGCAGGGAAGCUCAUGGAGCGGUAUGCUCAACGUCAGGUUCACUGCCAACUUUGCGAUGGUCCUGUUGAUCACACGGUACCCAGCCAGCCGCAGUCCGACCUUCCUACCACCCCAUCACCUAAUAUACCAAUGAACAUAUUGAACCAUACCAAAUAUAAUAAUAAUAACAGCAGCAAUACAAUACCCAGCGAGCUUCACAUGCACAAGGUCUCCUCUGACCUUAGACUGGGUUCAAAAAGUGAUAGAUUUAGCAGCAGGAGGCAGCGACCUUGGUGGGCGUUCAUCUUUUCUUCAUGA